AGUCCCAAGGCCAGCAUGUCACUGCAGAGAAUCGUGCGUGUGUCCCUGGAGCAUCCCACUAGCGCCGUGUGUGUGGCUGGCGUGGAGACCCUCGUGGACAUUUAUGGGUCGGUACCUGAGGGCACAGAGAUGUUCGAGGUCUAUGGGACCCCCGGCGUGGAUAUCUACAUCUCUUCUAGUGUGGAGAGAGGCCGGGAGCGCGCGGACACAAGGCGGUGGCACUUUGAUACGGGGUUGGAGAUCAUCGUGGUCAUGAACUCACCCAGCAACGACCUCAAUGACAGUCAUGUUCAGAUUUCCUACCACUCCAGCCAUGAGCCCCUGCCCCUGGCCUAUGCGGUGCUCUACCUCACCUGUGUUGACAUCGCUCUGGAUUGUGAUCUGAACUGUGAGGGCAGGCAGAAUAGGAGCUUUGUGGACAAGCGGGAUUGGGUCUGGGGGCCCGGUGGGUAUGGAGCCAUCCUGCUGGUGAACUGCGACAGGGACAAUCUGAACUGUCAUGACCAGGACAACCGAGACCAGCAGGUGCGCUGCCUGCAAGACCUGGAAGACAUGUCCGUCAUGGUUCUGAGGACCCAAGGCCCUGCUGCCCUCUUCGAUGACCACAGACUCAUCCUCCACACUUCCAGCUAUGACGCCAAGUGGGCACGGGUCUUCCACGCCUGCGGUCCUGAAGACUCAUGCGAGGCCUACAGGCAUGUGCUGGGCCAGGACAAGGUGUCCUAUGAGGUGCCCCGCUUCCACGGGGACGAGGAACGCUUCUUUGUGGAGGGCCUCUCGUUCCCCGACGCCAGGUUCACGGGGCUCAUCUCCUUCCACGUCACCCUGCUGGAUGACUCCAAUGAGGAUUUCUCCGAGUCCCCGAUCUUCACCGACACCGUGGUAUUCCGCGUGGCGCCUUGGAUUAUGACGCCCAGCACCCUGCCGCCGCUGGAGGUGUACGUGUGCCGUGUGAGGAACAACACGUGUUUCGUGGACGCGGUGGCAGAGCUGGCCAGGAAGGCCAGCUGCACGCUGACCAUCUGCCCGCAGCACGAGAACCGCAAUGACCGCUGGAUCCAGGACGAGAUGGAGCUGGGCUAUGUUCAGGCACCACACAAGACCUUCCCGGUGGUCUUUGACUCCCCCAGGAACGGGGAGCUGCAGGACUUCCCUUACAAAAGAAUCCUGGGUCCAGAUUUCGGCUAUGUGACUCGGGAACCACUAGACAGCUCUGUGAGUGGCCUGGACUCCUUCGGGAACCUGGAGGUCAGCCCCCCAGUGGUGGCCAAUGGGAAACAGUACCCCUUGGGGAGGAUCCUCAUCGGGGGCAACCUGCCUGGGUCCAGCGGCCGUCGGGUCACCCAGGUGGUGCGGGACUUCCUCUAUGCACAGCGGGUGCAACCCCCCGUGGAGCUCUUUGUGGACUGGUUGGCUGUGGGCCACGUGGAUGAGUUUCUGAGCUUCGUCCCUGCCCCCGAUGAGAAGGGUUUCCGGAUGCUCCUGGCCAGCCCUAGCGCCUGCUUCAAGCUCUUCCAGGAAAAGCAGAAGUGGGGCCAUGGCGGGGCCCUCCUGUUCCAAGGGGUUGUUGGGGAUAAGCCGGUCAACACCAUCUCCAUCAACCAGGUCCUCUCCAAUGCAAACCUUAUCAGCUUCAAUAAGUUCGUGCAGAGCUGCAUCGACUGGAACCGGGAGGUACUGAAGCGGGAGCUGGGCCUGACAGAGCGGGACAUCAUCGACAUCCCCCAGCUCUUCAAGACUGAGAGGAGAAAGGCGGUGGCCUUCUUCCCUGACUUGGUGAACAUGCUGGUGCUGGGCAAGCACCUGGGCAUCCCCAAGCCCUUCGGACCCAUCAUCAACGGCCGCUGCUGCCUGGAGGAGAAGGUGCGCACCCUGCUCGAGCCGCUGGGCCUGCACUGCACCUUCAUCGACGACUUCACCCCGUACCACAUGCUGCACGGGGAGGUCCACUGCGGCACCAACGUGCGCCGGCAGCCCUUCUCCUUCAAGUGGUGGAAUAUGGUGCCCUGA